AUGAAGGCGAAGCAGGAUACCCAUGACGGCACAGUAGGCCCACAUGUGGCUUAUGUGGAACGCGUGGAACACAUGGAGACGCGGCACCACGCCUCGCUCAACCACAUUGAGGGAUCGGAGCGGAUUGCGGAUCCUUUGCCAAGCACAGAGUCUGAUUUCACCAAGAGUUCAACAGCAAGCUCUGUGCCAAAAGGCUCCCAUGAUCCGGCAGUGGAUGUGCCAGGCAUCGAGAGCACGACCCAUCUCCCUUCAUCGCCGAUGAAGCAAACGGAAGGAAAUGCCCCCCAAGCGGAUGCCGACCGGAAGGAAUCCCUGCCUGCAGAGACUCCAGGGCAAUCUGCUCCAGCUCCCAUGACACAAACGGAAAGCAAGCCCCGGUCAAAGGCUGACAGGGAGGAGCCCUUGUCUGAAGAGGCUACGCAACCUGCCACUUCAGCAACCAUGAAGAAAACAACCGGAGAGGAGCCCUGGCUUGAGGAGGAAGCCGCAGCCGACGGGCUUGGGCUGUACCAAACAGGCAUGACAGUACUCAAGGAUGCUGUGGGCUCCGCCGACGAGGUGCUUGUGCAGCAUCUUGACGAGUGGGCUGCAGCCACAGUCCGCAACUGUCGUUGCAACUUGAUCCUCGCUGGUGCACAUCCGCCAGCCGAGAUGGACUGCAUUCACAAUUGCACACGCCUGCAGUUCCGGCUUCAGCAUGGAGGGCUCCGUGCUGAUGUUGAGGAUGGCCCUCUUGCCUUCCCUCAUGAGCAUGAGCACGAAGAGCUCUGA